GCCUGUGCCUGUAUCCGUUGAUGCAAUAUUUAAUCGAGAAAACUUAUGUUGCGUUGAGUUUUAUCACGUCAGCAUGUAGCUACACCUACAUGAACACUAUGCACACAACCCAGCCACUGCCCACUGCAUGGGGAACCUGUGGAGACCUGGUCAUGCAAGUGAGAAGGGUUGCCGUGCUGUGAUUCGUACAUGCAGUACAAUGAAAUAUUACGAUAUGCUAAGUUGUGCCUCCGUUGUAUAAUGGUCAGCACACCUAACUACGCUUCCGGGUUGAUCGAUAAAUGGAUACCUCGGGAAAUCUGGGGAAGGUAAACUGUGGUUACCCGGGUAUCACACCUGCCCUGUGUCCGGGCCAAUAUCACGGAGAUUAGCACCGAGGCCAUGCUCAGCUUUAACGUAUGUCCUGUGCCCCUAACGUUACCUUCAUAAGCUUGGGGCAUACGCUACAGCAGCGCGUGGCCUCUAUGUUCAUCUCCGUGAUUUUGGCCCUUGAGUUUGUGAUGGGAAAUAGCCCAUUAUCCGGGACACAGGGCAGGUGUGACUACCGGGCUGUCACAUUACUUCCCCCAGGCUUCUCCAGGUACUCAAUUAUCGACCAGCUCGAAGGGGAGGAUGAACAGCUGGGUGGGCUGCACGCCGUCUGCCCGGGCCAAGAUUCGAACCCGAGCCCGCGAGCUCGUAGCUAGGCAUGCUAACAACUUCAUCACGGACGCGCAUAAUAUGAAAUAUAUAAUAUAGUGAUGGCCUAAAAUUACUGAUAACCACUGAUGAAUAAGUCAAUAUGAUACAAAUAUACAAACUGAUACAAAUGUACUAAAUGAUAUAUAUAUAUAUAUAUAUAUAUAUAUAUAUAUAUAUAUAUAUAUAUAUAUAUAUAUAUAUAUAUAUAUAUACUAACAAUGAUACAAGUAUACUAAAUUAUAUAAUAAUACUAGCAAUGAUACAAAUAUAAUAAAUUAUAUAAAUACACUAACAAUGAUACAAAUUUACUAAAUUAUAUAAAUAUACUAUAACAAUGAUACAAAUUUACUAAAUUAUAUAAAUAUACUAUAACAAUGAUACAAAUUUACUAAAUUAUAUAAAUAUACUAUAACAAUGAUACAAGUACACUAAAUUAUAUAAAUAUGCUAGCAAUGAUACAAAUAUACUAACACUGAUACAAAUAUACUAACACUGAUACAAAUAUACUAACAAUGAUACAAAUAUACUAACAAUGAUACAAAUAUACUAACACUGAUACAAAUAUACUAACAAUGAUACAAAUAUACUAACACUGAUACAAAUAUACUAACAAUGAUACAAAUAUACUAACAAUGAUACAAAUAUACUAACACUGAUACAAAUAUACUAACACUGAUACAAAUAUACUAACAAUGAUACAAAUAUACUAACAAUGAUACAAAUAUACUAACAAUGAUACAAAUAUACUAACAAUGAUACAAAUAUACUAACACUGAUACAGAUAUACUAACAAUGAUACAAAUAUACUAACAAUGAUACAAAUAUACUAACACUGAUACAGAUAUACUAACAAUGAUACAAAUAUACUAACAAUGAUACAGAUAUACUAACAAUGAUACAAAUAUACUAACACUGAUACAAAUAUACUAACAAUGAUACAAAUAUACUAACAAUGAUACAAAUAUACUAACAAUGAUACAAAUAUACUAACAAUGAUACAAAUAUACUAACAAUGAUACAAAUAUACUAACAAUGAUACAAAUAUACUAACAAUGAUACAAAUAUACUAACAAUGAUACAAAUAUACUAACAAUGAUACAAAUAUACUAACAAUGAUACAGAUAUACUAACACUGAUACAGAUAUACUAACAAUGAUACAAAUAUACUAACAAUGAUACAAAUAUACUAACAAUGAUACAAAUAUACUAACACUGAUACAAAUAUACUAACAAUGAUACAAAUAUACUAACAAUGAUACAAAUAUACUAACAAUGAUACAAAUAUACUAACACUGAUACAAUUAUACUAACAAUGAUACAAAUAUAGUAACACUGAUACAAAUAUACUAACAAUGAUACAAGUAUACUAACAAUGAUAUAGAUAUACUAACACUGAUACAGAUAUACUAAGUGAUAUAAAUAUACUAUACUACAAAUAUAAUAACAAUGUUAUAAAUAGGCUACACUUUGACUUUUUUUUAAUGAUUGCUCCCUCCCUGUACAAGGGAGGGGAGCACGGGCUAUUGCCAAAGGCCGACAGACCGCCUCUAUCAGCGAUCUAUCUAUCUAUCCGAAGCCGGCCCGUUAAGAGGGAAAAGAUUGCUCCCUCCCUGCACGGUCUGUCGACGAGGACUGGCGUGUCUCUGCUUUGACAUGUUUUUUUUUUAAGAUUUAUCCCCUUGUAUCACUAGGGGAACGGGCCUUUGUCCGAAGACGGCCCGUUAAGAGGAAAAAGAUCGCUCCCCCCUGCACGAGGGAGCACGGGCCGAAGCCAAAGGCUUAGGCCGACAGACCGACAGACAGGACAGGAUGCCGACAGACCGACUCUAUCGGCGAUCGAAAUCUAGCCGACCAAGUCGGUCUGUCGACGAGGACUGGCGUGUCUGCUUUGACAUUAAUAUCAUAUUAAUAUAAUAUGGUAUAAAUAUAAUAACACUGAUGUAAAUAUACUAUAUAUGAUAUAAAUACCAUAUAGCACAUGAUAUGAAUGUAACAACAAUGAUGUAAGUAUACCACGAAAUAAAUAUCGUGAUAUCGAUAUAAUAUUGUGACGGCCCAGAUUUACUGACAACUGCUGAUGAAUAAAUCAUUCUCAGGAGCUGUUAGGUGUGGGCCGUCUGGGUCCUUGUAUUCUUAUAUUCAUGUGUAUGAUGCGCUUUUUCCAAAGCAGCUUUUCAGCUAUAUAGCCUACGAUGAUUUUACUGAAUUCAAAAGGAAAUAAUUUCACUUUCUCGAUAAACCAGUCCUAUCUUUCUGUUGUCAAUCUAUCUGACCAUGACCUGAGCACGCGACAGACUCGCGAUCACCAACCACUAUACCCUCUACGGAUGAGUCUGGAGCUCGAGUGAAUGACUAACUUUAUUUCUAUGGUGAUGUAGUUCGGGACUCUGUGAUAUUAAUGGUGACCACUGUUUUUUAUUCCUCAUAUCUGUCUAUCUAUAAUGCAAAAUACAGUAGUUGUCGUACUAGUGGAUAUAGGAGGUAUAUAGGUUAUGGAAGUAAUGGUUGUAGGGUAAGGAAUUAGAAGAGACAUCAAGAGAAAGAGGAGGAAGAGGAGAAGGCAAAGAAGAAAGAGGAGGACAAGAGAAAAUAUAAAAAGGAAGAACUACAGUAUUUUGCAUUAUAGAUAGACAGAUAUGAGGAAUAGAAAAACAGUGGUCACCAUUAAUAUCACAGAGUCCCGAACUAUACCACCGUAACAAUAAAGUUUGUCAUUCACGCAAAAUAGUUUAACAACGUAUUUCGCCAUUCCCACAAUAGUUUGACACAAGAUCUUGGUUUGACAUAACUGCAGAUUAGAUUUUCGUUCGCCUCGUAUUUUUCAAUUAUCCUCCGCUUAUGCGAACAGGCGGGCGGACGACAACGACGAGGCAUUGUUCUGCAAGGAAAAAUUAUACAUAUACUGUUCUGAAGGUGGCUACAGGCCUUACAACGUACAGUACACUUGCCAUGGGGGCAGGGGAUGUAGAGGGUGAGGGGUGUCACAUUAAUGGUGUUUGUUGUUGUAACAUUUGUAGUAUUGACUCUACUUUUCUGCCGCAGUGUCGUUAGGAUUGUAAUUUGUCCAACUAUUUUGCGCUUGUCUAACAUACUGCUAUACUGCUGUACUAUUUUAUGCAUUUGUUUCGAACAAUUUCCAAUUGUUUCAGCGCUUUGAGCUUUGUCAUAAACCACCGAUUAGCUGUCUGACUAUAAGUCAAAAUACUGUACCUCCACCAUAAUUAUUAAAAGCCUACUACAUCUACUGACACCAACACCAUCACCACCCUAUCCUACUCCAUCACACACACACACACACACACACACACACACACACACACUUCCUGGUGUAAUGUUUACCUUUCUGUUCAAGUUGUAAAGGUGCCUGCCAGACGUGACCUGUGCUGAGGGUGGAGCACAAACACAACUGGUAAAAGACUCCAGAUUUCAGAGAUGCCAAGUCUCGCAGGCGCACUAUAAUGUUAAAUUCGCUCAAAUUUUCUGCCAAACUGGGCAUUUCAAUGACAGACACAAGCACUGAACACCCUCUUCUCCGUCUUUGGCCUUUGUUAACCAUGGAAUCUCCCAUUCCCAUAAUAUAUUCUAAUACUUUCCUCCCGAAUCAUAGUGUCCUUUCCACUAUACAUCCUGUUGAUUCACUUCCACGGCAGAGUGAGCGUAUCAGACUAUCUUCAAAACCGAGGGUGAGGCGAAGACAGCACCCAGGCACAGCGACCAACUGACGGCUUGGCCCGCCGAGAUCCCACGGCCAAGGAUACACUGCAGGCCAGCGUCUCGCACCAUUCUGUUCCAUCCCGAACGCGCCACCCGUACCCAUAGUUACGUGACUAGGGCAUGUGUAUAAUGCCAUUUUACUGCCAAAAAUGGUUAGAUUUGGCAGUGAAAAAUACCAGAUGGCAACCCUGCCAGGUUAGGGCACUCCUCGGAAGGACAGCUACGGCAGCUGGAGACAGCCGAAGGAGGACUGCAAGGUGGUGUUGGCCCCCCUUCCUUCCGGGUAGAUGGGAGCAGACGGCGGCCUCGGGUCCGACCCACAACACGGGCGGUGUAGGACACCUCGGCCCGUUCCCGAUCCGAGGCAACGGCGGGAUGGGAAACGGUCCACUUCUCCGCCAACUCCUCGAAGUGCCAAUUAAGCCACACGGGUCACCGGCGAGUUCUUCCCUAUAGAUAAUUCAACAAUUACCGGAAGCACAGCGUCCUACAACUGUCCGUGCGUGAAAAGCCAACAAAGGAAGGUGGCAGGCGGCCGCGACUCUGCAUGAUGAGGUGCACAUCAGUUCUAUCAGCGUGGGCGGCGGGGGUGUGGGGGUGCCUCUGGGCCUGGGUGAGCACGGGCGUGGACGGGCAGGUGCCAGGGCAAUUAUACUCCUCCCUGGCUCGCAUGGAAGUCUUGUUUGACUUCGACGAGCAUCUCGGCGAGCUGCUGCUUCAGCUUCCCGAACACCUGCCCGCUGCCAACAGGUACCUAGAGACGUACACAAACCUCCAGAGGGACAGCAGCCUCUCGAGGGAGGUGCGCGGCCACCCCCUGCACGUGUACCUGCUGCUCAAGAGGCUGGUACUCUUCUGGCACCACAUCUCCCCGGCGCUGCAGACCUACACCAGCCUCGAAGGUCCGUGCCGGAAUCUCAACUCAGAAUGUGACCACUGGGCCAUGAGGGGAAACUGUCUCCACUACCGAAUCUACAUGUUGCAGAACUGUGCCCCGGCGUGUGGUUCAUGUCCUCUCCCAGGACUAAAAGAGCGGGCGGCGAGGAUGCUGAAAAAGGCUGGCGAGAUGGUGAUGCCCUCUGAGGACGACCUUCGGGGUGCUGCCAACUCCCUCGCUCGUCUCCAAAUCACGUACCGUAUCCCCAUCGGCAGCUUCAUGGCCGGCCGCAUACAGGACACCCCGAGCUCUGCAAGGCUUACCGUGGAGGAUUGUGUGCAGGUGGCGGCGGCAGCUCACCACUUCAAGAUAUACGGCAACGCUUGGCUGUGGUACGACUACUGCCAAGCUGCGGCCCACACGAACCCACGUCUGCAAGAGGAGAUUAUACUACGCAGAGAUGAGUUGGAAGAGGAGCACGACAUGAAGUUCGUUUAUGGCGACGUGGCGUUCCUCCCGCACCGCCUCAACGAAUCAAAGUCUCAGAAGCCGUGGGAUACCGAGUUCAGCCAGUUGUGUCGCGGCGCCUACCCUGAGGAUGGCAAGGAGCGGCGAUCUCUUCAGUGUUACUUCAACAACCGCGGCUCCCCCUUCCUGAUGCUGCAGCCGGUGCGUUACGAGCAGCUGCACCACGACCCGGAGCUCUACCUCUUCUACGACGUCAUCUCCGAGGCUGAAAUCAAGAUCGUUAAGGACAUCGCCAGACACCGGCUCAAGCGAUCCACGAUGAUUGACCAGCAGACGUCCAUCGUGACGGAGGAGCGCGUCUCCCACACAGCGUGGCUCAAGAAUGGAUCCCACCCCGCCCUGGAGAGGAUAGGCCGCAGGGUCUCCUACAUCACGCAGCUCCACGCUUUUGAAGACACGGCGGGGAUUCCAUCAGCGGAUGACCUACAGGUUCUAAACUAUGGCCUUGGAGGGUUUUAUGCUGCCCACAACGACGUCUUUUUCAAAGACUUGCCCGAAGAGCAGUGGUCUAACAAGGUCGACAAGUACCCGUCGGGGGACCGUCUUGCCACUUGGAUGUUCUAUCUAAAUGACGUCACUGCUGGGGGCAACACGGCGUUCCCUUUGGCCGGAGUUGCUGCCCCCGCGGUGAAGGGCGCUGCCGCUUUUUGGUUCAAUGUUAAGAAGAACGGAAAGUUUAACACGAGGUCCCGGCACGGUGGCUGCCCCGUGCUCCUGGGACAAAAAUGGGUGGCCAACCGAUGGAUCUACGAGCACGCCAACUUUCUGCGGCGUCCGUGCAGCAAGGACUCGACGGAAUGACUAUCGUGGGACCCACACUUAGCACUUCUUCCAGGGAGUUCUGGGGACAGCUCUCAAAGGCGUCUCGGUGCGCACAUAGCUGUACUGGAGAGCAGCAGUGCAGGGUGUUUUAUGCAAAUGUAACGAAAUGUACAGGCUAAGAUAAUAAAAACUCAAAUACUUUAA